GGCUCCCUGGGCCGCGGGCAGAGGCCGGAGCGCGCCCGCCAUGCCCGGGCUGCCCGCGCUGGGCGCCGGCCCCGACCCUGAGGAGAGCUACGACUUCCUCUUCAAGCUGGUGCUGAUCGGGGACGCCAGCGUGGGCAAGACCUGCCUGGUGCAGCGCUUCAAGACCGGGGCCUUCGCCGAGCGCCAGGGCAGCACCAUCGGCGUGGACUUCACCAUGAAGAGCCUGGAGAUCCAGGGCAAGCGGGUGAAGCUGCAGAUCUGGGACACGGCCGGCCAGGAGAGGUUCCGCACCAUCACGCAGAGUUACUAUCGCAGCGCCAACGGGGCCAUCCUGGCCUACGACAUCAGCAAGAGGGGCUCCUUCCUGUCCAUCCCUCGCUGGAUCGAGGAUGUCAGGAAGUACGCCGGCUCCAAUAUAGUGCAGUUACUGAUUGGGAACAAGUCUGACCUAAGUGACCUUCGCGAGGUUGGGCUGGAGGAGGCCCAGAGCUUGGCUGACCACUAUGACAACAUCAUCUGUGCCAUCGAGACCUCUGCCAAGGACUCCAGCAACGUGGAGGAGGCUUUUGUGAAGAUGGCCACGGAGCUCAUGCUGAGGCACGGCGGGCCCAUGUUCAGCGAGAAGAACACUGACAGCAUCAAGCUGGACAGCAAAGACGUUGUGGAAGGCUGGGGGUGUGGCUGCUGAUAAGAGCUAGGUGAUAUCCCUGACCUUCCCGGAAUUUAGAUGGUGCUUCACCCUAAUGCUGAGUAGCAUGGUAGCCAUACUCUCCUCCUGUGAAACCAGCAAUUUUGUAGAAGUUAGACACAAUCCUGUUUGCUUUGGUGUCUUAUUUUUAAAAAGGGACUUUUGAGAAGUAGUCCUGAAAGUCAAACCCUCUGAAAAACUUUGUUAACAUUUGUCCCCACCAUUUUAUUUCCCGUAACCUUCAUACAAGUUACGAAAAUGGCAGGAACGACUUUGAGGUGGUGAUGUGGGGUGGGGAGACAGAUGGCUGGGCAAGAGACAUGCAAAGCCAAAGCUGUGAAACAUUUCACACGGGACUUCUGGCAAAGGAUGUCCCUUUUGGAACAGGCAACCUUGACGGUGUCUCUUGAAAUCCUCAGCACUCCACUAGUGACCAAAAAGUCUUUGACAAAGGUAUUCCAAGUGUCAUAAUCCCCAGCAUUGUGAUUACAGGACCAAAUAGCAGGUGCCUGUCCUAGGGCAUAGACUGCUAGUUGCUGUGGAACAGGCCCAGGUGGGGGAGCCUUCUCUCAGGUUUUGUGAUGAUUUUAAGUUAUCGUUUUAACAGAAGCAAAAUCAGCCCAGGCAAUAUCACGACUUACAGUCGAGCAGGAUUGGACCAGGGUAGUUAUUUCAAUACAGCCUCGAGGAGAGGGUAGAUGCAUUUCAUUUGUUAUUGUUUGCACAGUGAUAGCUCCUUUUUCCUAGUGGGUAUCACUGAGGUUUUGCCCUCAGGUCUCAUCAUUUCAUUUCACAGUUCAAGACCUGCACCCUGGAAGCAGGAACUGGAGAAGCCUUGAGCUGACUGUAGCCACGACCUCUUGCCAUGUGCCUAAUUGUCAUUUACAGGGUUAAUUCUGGUCAUACCUCUGACAUUGUGUUACCAGAGUGUUCAUUGCUUAAGUGGCAGAAGUGGAUUUGGUUUUUGUAUUGGUUUUGUUUUUUAAACCAUCUCUUUAAAUACUAGAUGGGCAAGAAUAGCUCAGAGUAGCUGUAAACUGCCUGCAUUACAACUUCUUACCUGGAAGAAACCAGCGUCUUUUUGAGUGAUUCCCUCCCAACUUUGAACCCAAAUGUUUCCCUAUCACAAGUUACCAGUUGCUUUUCAUUUCAUGAAAACAUUCGUCAGGAAAAAUCUGUCAUUGUUGAUCAAAAGUCUACAUUAUUAAGUAAAAUUGAUUUCAUAAUCCAGCUACACCCAGUUCUUUCAGAUUUGGCUCUCAGUGGUAGGUGCAGCUGGAGUACUGAUGGCAGCAUCUCUGGGUUUACACUCAGGCACCUUCCAAAAAGGGAGCAGGAAGAUUUUUAACUCUGCUGGUAAAGCAGAGGUGUUCAGGGAUGGCAGGUGAUUUUUGCAGUCCUGAUUAUAUGAAGGAGCUCAUUUUCAGAAAGUACCCACUUCAAGUCAUCAUUUGUCUCUUUUGAAAAAUCCAGAUCAAAAAGGACUUGAAUUGUUUUGCUACUAGGGCUGCACCAGUUUAGCCAUUCAACAUAUCCAGUGUCAUGAAAAUCAGGAAGACUUAGGAAAGGGCUAAUGGAUACUAAUUUUAAUACUACUCAUCUUUCUGUAGAAAAUAUUAAACCAUUCUCUGGUCUUUCUGUUUUUUUAAACUAUGAAGUAGAUAACUGAGGAGUAACAUAUGCUUUGUAGCCUGCCUGUUUGCUUCUAAUCUGAGGGGUUAGUUUUCAGGUUUUACAGUUGCAAGAGUGAAAGGGCCUUACCUUUUUCAAUUGGCAUAGUUUUCACAAUUCUAAUAUUUUCUGUGGAAGAGCAGGCUGAGCUGCUGUAUUUGGUAGUAUUUUUGGAUAGUUUUCCAGGACUUUCCCAUCUCUCCUACAUCCAAAGAUAACAGGCAAUAAAUUGUCCAGCUAGGCACUGAAAAUGAGAAUUGUCCAAAGUCUGGAUUUGUCAGUGUACUCCCAAUAUCCUGCUCUCAGGAAAACCUAUGAAGACAGUCCAAGCUAAAGCUCAGUGCUGGUGAGUGCUCUUCCUCCUGGUUAGAUGGUCCCUGAGAUACAGAAUACUUGGAAGCAUCUGACCUUGUCAUGCCACGUUACAGUUUACAUGUGUGGGUCAUAGUCCUGCAGUGCUGUGUGUGUGAACACGGACCCCCAGAUAGGCUCAGCCUCCCACUAUUUGCAGGGUUAGUGCCAAAUUAUUUAAUGCUGAUAUAAAUUCACAGGCAUUUAAGAACAGUGUUGCUGCUACUCAGACUGAAAUCCACAGUUUACACAGUAACUCAUGGAGAACUGGAACAAGGUGCAAAAUGAACUCAAAUCCUGCUUCCAGUGCAGUCAAUGAUUGUCUAUUUACAGUACAUGAAGAGAUGAGGAGUUACUGAUCCAUUUCUUAGUUUGGAGGUUUGUUUAGUAAAUAAGUGGAAUUAGCCCAGGCACUACACUUCUCCUUACAAUUUGCCUGGAGGUUUCUCUUAAACAACCCUUGAAGGUUGAGUCUCUGUCUGCAGGUUGGUCUGGUUCAGUCACAAAACGUGCAGUGCAGCAGCAGGGACUUGUUUGCUGUUUUCAUUUUCCGAUGAAGGCACCAAUUCUGAUUAGUUUGCAUUUUGCUAUAGAAAACUAAGACUGGCUUGAAAUCAGUUUUGUCUUUUAACUGCUGGCUCCUCUGUGUUGUAACAAGUGUAAUACAAGUUUGCAUGCCCUGCUGACCGAGCACAAGGGAACAAAGAACUGGACUGAAGGUUUAUUUUCACCUGGGGGCAGCUCAGAGUGACGGUGCUCGGGCUGGGAGCAGCUCAGGUUUAGUUUGAGAACCAAACCUUUUCUCUGUCCUCUUCAGUAGCACAGCACUCACCACACUGAGAGCUUCUUGACCAACAGUAAGUGUGACUUGGAGCUUUCCACUGCCCUGCUGAAGACUUUCCUAACCCUGUGACUCACAGCCAGCUGUGUAAUUCAUUAGGAGGACAGUGCUGUUGGUUUAGUUCCCCUAAUCCUAUUGAAACCAAAAGGGUACCUGGGAGAAGAGAGCAGCAAGAAACCUGUGAUUUACGGGUAAAAUCCUGAGGUUCAGAUCUUGGCUUACAAAUGUGCACUGAUGUACAUCAAGUGAAUAAUUCAGCAGUGCAUGUUCAGAGUUCACAGCACAAACAUUUGCCAAGAAACCUGUUUACUGGCAGUUGAAUAUUAACAAAACUAUGGUGCAGUAAUUGCUUUUAAGCAGAUCUCCUUGGCUGACCAUGUGUUUGCAUUAGUAUUUAUCAUUUAUUUUUGGCAGUGCAAAAAUGUUACAAAAGCACAGAAGGGGACGUUGAUCCCUGCCUUGUAACACUUGGGAGUGGAAUGCAGAGGCAAACACUGGAAUGAAAUCAUCAGCACAGUGGUUCCCAGGAACGGGGGCUUUGGUACCCUUUGUAUUUUUGUUUUAAGCAAAUUUCAUCUCCAGUUACUCAUCCAGUCCAUCAUCACAGAUGGAACUUGUAUAAAUAUUUGGAGUUUUGUAAAUACAAAACCAAAUAAAUGUCAGCCUAGAAACCUGUUAACAUUGCCUUGCAAAACAAAAUUUGAAAAAAAAAAUGAAAAUACUUAAGAUCAGAGGAAAUUUCCUAAUGAUUUUAUCCCUCUCACUGGACUGGAAAGCAGGUGAUUUUGGGAGGUAACAUUGCAAACUAAA